AUGCUUUUAAAGAAUAAUCAUUCAAACUUCUUAGACCUUCAAAGGCAAGUUGGGGAUAUUGCACGCCAGUUGCACGAACGACCUCCCGGUCAAUUUUCGGGCAACACAAAGCCCAACCCAUCUAGCUCUUUAAAGGCAAUUUCGACCCGUAGUGGUAGGACCUUAGGAGAGAUAGUGAGACCCGAGAGUGUCGAGAUAGAAGAGGAAGAACCCGUAGAUGAAGAGAUUGAAAUGGAGGCGCCCGGUAAAGUGCAACCUAGUGGAGCCGACCUAGUCGAGAGUAGGAUAGAGGAGGUAGUUGAGAAGGUAGAGGAGAUUGUUAGUGAGAGUAAAGAGGUAGACGAGGACGAGUGGGUCCCCGAAGUGCUAGAAUUGAGUGAAAUUAAGAGUGAGAGUGAAAGUACUCCUAUAGAGAAACCCGCCCCUUUAGAACUCAAGAAAGACGCAAAGCCGCGUCUUAUUAGAUGGAUUCUUUUGCUCUCCGAGUUCGAUAUAGAAAUUAAGGAUAAAAAGGGAGCAGAAAACGUGGCCGCCGACCACUUGUCACGAUUAGAGGAUCCAAAGAGAGAGGAGGUUCGUGAGGAUUCCAUAGGAGAUACCUUUCCCCACGAAACCAUAGAUUUUGUUAGUGCCGAGGUAGAGGGUUUGCCAUGGUUUUCGGAUUUGGCAAACUAUUUGGCAACCGGAGAUCUUGUGAGGGGUAUGUCCUACCAACAAAAGAAAAAGCUUCUUAGGGAGGCUAGGAAGUAUAUUUGGGACGACCCUUACCUCUUUAGGAUAGGUGGAGAUAGAGUGCUUAGGAGAUGCGUUUCAAAGGAGGAUGAGUUUGUUAGGACUUGUGACCGUUGCCAACGUACCGGCAACAUCUCAUCCAAGGAUGAAAUGCCUCAAAAUCCCAUCCAAGUCUUGGAAAUCUUUGACGUAUGGGGCAUUGACUUCAUGGGACCUUUUCCAUCUUCAAGUGGGAAUAGGUACAUCCUCGUGGCCAUUGAUUACGUUUCAAAGUGGGUCGAAGCUCAAGCUUUGCCCACCAAUGAUGCCCGAGUGGUGGUGAGAUUCCUUAAGAAGUUGUUCACGCGUUUCGGAAUCCCUAAAGCUAUCAUAAGUGACCGUGGCACGCAUUUUUGCAAUUCCGCCAUGGAAAAGGCACUUGCACGCUACGGUGUCACUCAUCGUCUUUCCACCGCAUACCACCCGCAAACUAGUGGCCAAGUAGAGAAUGCUAACCGAGGGGUGAAGAGAAUCUUAGAAAAAACGGUAGGAAAAAGUAGAAAGGAUUGGUCGGAAAAGCUUGACGACGCAUUGUGGGCAUUCCGUACCGCCUAUAAGACACCGUUAGGCACAACACCCUUUAUGAUCGUGUAUGGCAAAGCUUGCCAUCUUCCGGUAGAAUUAGAGCAUAGGGCAUUGUGGGCAUUGAAAACCGUAAACCUUGACCUUACCGAAGCCGCAAGGAGGAGAUUCUUCCAGAUUCAUGAGUUGGAAGCAUUGAGGGAUGCCGCUUAUGAAAGAUCUUGGAGUAUCAAGGAGAAAUCAAAGGCAUUGCAUGAUAGGAGGUUGCGAGGUUUGAAGGAUUUUAAUCUCGAUGGAUUUUCGGGUUAUUUUCAGAUCCCCAUCGCCCCGGAGGAUCAAGAUAAAACGACAUUCACAUGCCCUUACGGCACUUAUCCGUAUCGCCGCAUGCCUUUCGGGUUAUGCAACGCUCCGGCAACUUUCCAAAGGUGCAUGGUAGCCAUAUUCCAAGACAUGCUUGAGACUUCCAUGGAGGUUUUCAUGGAUGACUUCUCAUUUUAUGGCACCACUUUCGACCAAUGUCUUUCUAAUCUUGAUAGGAUGCUUAAGAGGUGCAUAGAGACAAAUCUUAUGUUGAAUUGGGAGAAGUGUCACUUUAUGGUGACGGAGGGGAUAGUGUUAGGACACAAGGUGUCGAGAGAAGGCAUAGAGGUGGAUAGGGCCAAGAUAGAUACCAUAAGUAGAUUGCCUCCACCUACUAGUGUUAAGUCCGUUAGGAGCUUUUUGGGUCAUGCGGGCUUUUAUAGGCGUUUUAUAAAGGAUUUUUCCAAAAUCACACGCCCGAUGACUAGGCUUUUAGAGAAGGAUGUACCUUUUGUCUUCGACAAGGAGUGCAUCAAGGCGUUCGACUUCUUGAAAGAAAAACUUGUUAGUGCCCCGAUACUUGUUUCGCCCAAUUGGAGCUUACCUUUCGAGCUCAUGUGUGACGCAAGCGAUUAUGCCGUAGGUGCGGUCCUAGGUCAAAUAGUCGAUAAACACUUUCAUCCGAUCUACUACGCGAAGUCAUUCUCUGGCUAUGUGGAAUCCCCCAUCGCCCCGGAGGAUCAAGAUAAAACGACAUUCACAUGCCCUUACGGCACUUAUCCGUAUCGCCGCAUGCCUUUCGGGUUAUGCAACGCUCCGGCAACUUUCCAAAGGUGCAUGGUAGCCAUAUUCCAAGACAUGCUUGAGACUUCCAUGGAGGUUUUCAUGGAUGACUUCUCGGUUUAUGGCACCACUUUCGACCAAUGUCUUUCUAAUCUUGAUAGGAUGCUUAAGAGGUGCAUAGAGACAAAUCUUAUGUUGAAUUGGGAGAAGUGUCACUUUAUGGUGACGGAGGGGAUAGUGUUAGGACACAAGGUGUCGAGAGAAGGCAUAGAGGUGGAUAGGGCCAAGAUAGAUACCAUAAGUAGAUUGCCUCCACCUACUAGUGUUAAGUCCGUUAGGAGCUUUUUGGGUCAUGCGGGCUUUUAUAGGCGUUUUAUAAAGGAUUUUUCCAAAAUCACACGCCCAAUGACUAGGCUUUUAGAGAAGGAUGUACCUUUUGUCUUCGACAAGGAGUGCAUCAAGGCGUUCGACUUCUUGAAAGAAAAACUUGUUAGUGCCCCGAUACUUGUUUCGCCCAAUUGGAGCUUACCUUUCGAGCUCAUGUGUGACGCAGGCGAUUAUGCCGUAGGUGCGGUCCUAGGUCAAAGAGUCGAUAAACACUUUCAUCCGAUCUACUACGCGAGCAAAACUCUAAACGAUGCUCAAGAGAACUAUACCACGACGGAAAAGGAACUCUUAGCCGUAGUGUUUGCGUUUGACAAGUUUCGCUCAUAUCUCGUGCUUUCUAAAACCACCGUGUUCACCGACCAUUCCGCUUUGCGAUUUCUGUUUCAAAAGAAAGACGCAAAGCCGCGUCUUAUUAGAUGGAUUCUUUUGCUCUCCGAGUUCGAUAUAGAAAUUAAGGAUAAAAAGGGAGCAGAAAACGUGGCCGCCGACCACUUGUCACGAUUAGAGGAUCCAAAGAGAGAGGAGGUUCGUGAGGAUUCCAUAGGAGAUACCUUUCCCCACGAAACCAUAGAUUUUGUUAGUGCCGAGGUAGAGGGUUUGCCAUGGUUUUCGGAUUUGGCAAACUAUUUGGCAACCGGAGAUCUUGUGAGGGGUAUGUCCUACCAACAAAAGAAAAAGCUUCUUAGGGAGGCUAGGAAGUAUAUUUGGGACGACCCUUACCUCUUUAGGAUAGGUGGAGAUAGAGUGCUUAGGAGAUGCGUUUCAAAGGAGGAUGGUUUAGACAUCCUUAGACAUGUGCACGAGGGUUUAACGGGGGGCCAUCACGGAGCGAAUGUGACGGCACAAAAGGUUUUUGAUAGUGGGUUUUAUUGGCCAACGCUCGACGACGCAUUGUGGGCAUUCCGUACCGCCUAUAAGACACCGUUAGGCACAACACCCUUUAUGAUCGUGUAUGGAAAAGCUUGCCAUCUUCCGGUAGAAUUAGAGCAUAGGGCAUUGUGGGCAUUGAAAACCGUAAACCUUGACCUUACCGAAGCCGCAAGGAGGAGAUUCUUCCAGAUUCAUGAGUUGGAAGCAUUGAGGGAUGCCGCUUAUGAAAGAUCUUGGAGUAUCAAGGAGAAAUCAAAGGCAUUGCAUGAUAGGAGGUUGCGAGGUUUGAAGGAUUUUAAGGUAGGUGACAAGGUACUUUUGUUCAAUUCACGUUUGAAAUUAAUAGCAGGGAAAUUGAAAUCGAGAUGGAAUGGACCGUAUGUGGUGAAAGAAGUGUUUCCGUACGGCACGGUUGAGCUCUACGAUGAAGUAGAUAAGGGAGUUUGGAAAGUAAACGACCAUCGCUUGAAACAUUACUUGGGAGGUCCAAUUGAUUCUACCGAAGAGGAAGAAAUUCCUCUAGAGGACCCACCCACCUUCGCCGAACAGAAACGUACCUUGAGGAGCUGGAAAUUUGAAGAAAACGAGGUUUCAGAUAUGGCGAGUAGUUCUAGAGCAGGUCGGGCACGAAAAAGGGCUGCGGGGCAGACUGCACCGGAACAGGAUCCGGUGAUUAUCGAAACGCCCAUUAUUCAGAUAGCAGAGGAUGAUCCCAAUCUAAGGAAGAUUGAAUACUCGACAUCAUACAAUUUCAUACCGGAUGAGUUGAUGAAUAGGGUAGUGAACCAUCCGAUCCUUAAGUUUGAAGAAGAUACGUAUGAGUGGGAUAAGUUUAAGAAAUUUAAGAAAAUGGCACUGCUUCAGCAUAGGGUGAUAAAUUGGGAGUGGUUGACUGAGAUAGGUGCAGAGCAGGAGGUUAGGGAGUUGUUAGGAGAGAGGUUGAUAGACGCGAUGAAUUGUAUUGACCCUCAGUAUGUAGAGCUUGUGUUAGAGUUCCACAGCACGUGGAUGCAUAAGGAGGGUAAGUUUGAGCAGGGAAAUGCGUUAUCGUUCAGUUUCGGUAGGAAGGUGUACGAGAUGAACGUACCUAGGUUUGCGAUUAUUUCGGGGUUAUAUACUGAGGAGGAGGUUAGGAGACCCGAGUUCUCGACCUGUUUGAGGGGUGCGUAUUCGGAGAAUAGGAGGUAUAGUGUUGGAAGAGCGGAGUUGAAGGCGUUUUGGGAGACGAUUUCGGAUGCGGAGUUUGGACAGACAAAUCUGAUUUCGACGGUUAGGAAUCCGAUAUAUAGGUAUGUGUUGAGGCUGUUAGCGACGACGUUGGUUGGGAGGAAGUCUGGGGAGAAUAAAGCUAACUGGAUUGAGCUUUUUAUUUUGAUGUGUCGGGUGCAGAGGAGAGAGUUUAAUUUGGCCACAGUGUUGGUAGAUUCGAUUAGUCGAGGUAGGAGAGGUGGCGAUAGGGCUAGGUUGGAUAUGGGCCCCUAUAUUACUAGGAUUGCAUCACAUCUUGGGGUUUUAGAUGUAUAUCAGCCUCAGUUCUUGCAUAGGGGCCCGACGACUGCGAUUUUUGGGUUAGAAGACCUGCAGAAGGCAGGCAUCGCGUCGUGGGAGGCACCGUAUGGUUGGGAGCCGAUUAGAGAGGGCCCACCUGUUCAGCCACCGCAGAGGGGGCCAGUAGAUGUUGAGCCACAGCAGGAGGCAGGACCGUCAGGUGCACAGCAGCCACCACAGACACCGGUACAGCCGGUACAUCAGGCUGAGAGGAGAGUCCCGUUACCAGUGCCCCUCACUUUAGAGUCAUUCUCUGGCUAUGUGGAGCAGAGAUUUGACAGAUUGGAGCGUAUGAUUGAGUUAUUACAUAGGGGACAGGGUGCACAGACGGGUUCUGGUUCUACUUAUCAUGCUUAUGAGGCGAGCAACCAUGAGACAGAUAGUGGGUAG